CGCGCAGGGAUCGAGUCAGAGCAGCAGAGCGCACCAGACCUUUGCCUUCAAAGUACCGACUGAAUGCGCACAGAGCGCGCACCGUUUCGUGCCGGGCGUAUUUCCGCUGCUCUGAACGGACAAACACCGUUCAAAGAAGCUAAACUAGAAAAGAUGCGGGGCGUUGGCUUUGUUGGAAACCUCUGUGUGAUUUUAAAGCAGGAGCGAACGCGCUGAUGUGAAGUUUUGCGCCGAUCUCCGUUGAGUUUAGAUGAAGGUCUGAGGCGCUGCCGGAGAGGGAACGUUGCGUCUUCGCACCCGGACACCCUGCGGGACAUCGGGCGCUUUUUCGAUCAGAGGACUGAACUUGCCUUUUCUACAUUUGCGGGUUUCUGACUGUCUCCGAGAAAGGGGUAUCCUUUGGUGCGGAUUUUUAAGCCUCUCUGGUUCGUGGAAGGAAUAACUCAUAUAAUGGAAGGGCAAUGAGACCCCUCUCUGCUGGGCAAUAAUAAUUCGGACCACCGCACCAACAGCGACGAUAUUGAGUGCACCAUCUCACAAAGCAUCCAGCCGCUAAUAAAAUCCAGCAGCGUUUGGCCGGGUUCUGCGGAGUGGGCUGAGUAAUCGCAUAAGCACUCUGCAGUCUGAUCCAGGCAGGAGGGCAGACGGACCGGGCCGUAACACAGCAUGCAGGAGCGGGCGGUACAGAGGGUGUGCGCGUGGCUCUUGCUGGUGUUUUUGACCCUUCUGUCUCUCUGGGGUCACCUGUCGGACGCCUCCUCUCACCGCAGUCACAUCGUGCAUGUGAAGGCUGGCACAUGUGAGGUGAUCGCAGCCCAUCGCUGCUGUAACAGAAAUAAGAUUGAGGAGAGAUCACAGACUGUCAAGUGUUCUUGCUUUCCGGGACAGGUCGCAGGAACAACAAGAGCUGCACCUUCCUGUGUGGAUGCAUCUAUAGUUGCUCAGAAGUGGUGGUGUCAGAUGGAGCCGUGUUUGGACAGCGAGGAAUGUAAAGUCCUGCCCGACCUUACAGGCUGGAGCUGCAGCACAGGCAACAAAGUGAAGACCACCAAGGUGACCCGAUAGUUCUGAAAUGAGAUCUGCGACGGUGUUGGACUGGGAAGAUAGAACUGAAACUGAGGAAAAGUGGACUAACUAGGAUCCAAGAGAAGACAUUAAGCUUCAGCUAACAGGAUUUGUUCAGUAUUACUCAAACCCAAAUUAUUGAAAGUGACAAAACUGAUGACCACACUGAUGUCUCCAUACCUGUAUCCACCAUAAACAUUAGGAGCAUUCUUGUGUCGGCCCCCCGGCCUUCUGGACGCUCAGUCUUCUUCCCCGGAGGUGGAUUUAUAGACACUGGAGUGUAUUCGGCUGGGGGGGCGGUCUCUGUAUGCAGUUGUUUUUUACAGAAGAUGUUCGAUCAUAUACGCCUGUGCAGCGCAAACGGAGUAUACGUGGAGCGGCCAUCUCUUCAGAAACAUCACUCACUUUUUGCUCUCUGACUCCUUCCCUCAUCAUUAAGUUCCUCCCACAAUUUCAUGAUAAUUCAGUGGAACCUAAACAGCAUUUAAACGUGUAAAAAAUCAAUCCGGGCCUCUGUCUGAUUCAUCAAGUGUAUAUUGUUUGUUUCUAAACUAAAGCUUUUCAGCCCCACAGUCUGAAAUAUCCGAGAAUAGAUGUACCAGUGUAUUCUAGAAUAUGUAAAAGUGUAAAAAAUCAAGUCUUCUCAAACAAGCAGAAUAAAAUGAACGGUUAUCACUUUUAUUAUCAGUGUUUUUAUCCAGCCUGGUAACUGCUAUUGAGUAAAUGUGUCAGUAUUAUAUUCAUUAAUUAAAGAUGUAA